GUAGUCUAGUAUAGUGUUCUAUAAUGUAGUAGUUUCUUAUAGUGUAGUAGUGUAGUACGGGUAUUCCGGGCGCGCCAGGCUCCGCCCCCUCGCCUCGAGAAGUCCCGCACCUCACUGCUGCUGACGCAUCCGAGCGGAGCGUGCAUCUACUACUUUUUAUUCCUCAUUAACGGGACGCAUGUCGGACACCGUGGGAUAACGUGUUAAGAAAUGGGAACCGAAAGCAAAGUUUACACAGCGCAAACCGUAUAGUUGUCUACCGGUGAACCCCGGCAGGCCUACAUGGAAGUGGCCAGCGUGCAGCGGAGAGACUGGUGAACACUUUGUUGACAGCUAACGUGAAGUUAAGCCGCGGAGUAAAGCGUCGGUAACCGGCCUUCUCGAGCGGCUCCGGGGGCCACAAUACCCGGGUGCUUUCGGACUGGAUCUUAAACUCAGCUCAGCUGACAACCCUUUGACUGUCGGAUGCGGCCCCGGUGCGGCCCGCGGCCCACAUUGCGCUGAGGGACAUGGAGCUAGCCACGGCCGCCGACGGCCCCUGCGCCCCCCGCGGCGAAGCCCCCCCUGCAGGGGAGCAGGAGCCAAAGCGGUUCCCCGACGGGUGCCUGACGGUGGUCCUGUACCAUCGGGGGAGGGGCCGGACCCGGGACGGGGACAAGAGCGGGGCGGACGCCAAGCUCACGUACCCGCCCGGGAGCUACGUGGGCCAGGAGCUGUGUGUGGACGCCGCCAAGGCCUGCGGCAUCACUCCCAUGCACUUGAGCCUGUUUGGUUUGAUGAGGGAGAGCGACCACAUGUGGCUUCCACCCAAUCACGUGCUCAAUCUGGAACCGUCAGCAAAUGAGAGAGUCCUGUUCCGAAUCAGGUACUAUUUCCCUGGAUGGUACAACAAUGGCAGUUCUUCCUGCGCCCACCGCUUCGGCACUGCCAAAGGGACCGAGAGCCCUGUGAUGGAUGACUGCACCAUGACAUACCUGUUCUGCCAGUGGCGCAGUGACUUUGUGAACGGCUGUGUGGAUGUGCCCCUGAGCCAGGAGGUCCAGGCAGAGUGUCUGGGCCUGGCCGCCCUGGACAUGAUGAGGCUGGCCAAGGAGGGUGACCAGAGCCCGGAGUACUUCUACAACCAGACCAGCUACAAGGCCUACCUGCCGAGGAACGUGCACGCCCACAUCCAGGGGUACAACAUCCUGACGCGCAAAAGGAUCCGCCGGCGCUUCCGCAAGUUCAUCCACCGCUUCCGGGACUGCAAGGCGGCGGUGCGCGACCUGCAGCUCAAGUACCUGAUGUGCCUGGAGACCCUGCUGCCCUCGCUGCACGUCGAGCGCUUCCGGGCCAACGAGGUCACCAUCGUGGUCACCGGCAACAAGGGCAUCCAGUGGUUCCGGGAGAAGGAGGCGGAGCCCGGGGAGGAGGUGUUGAAGACGUACUGCGACUUUCCCGAGGUCAUCGACAUCAGCGUCAAACAGGCCAGCAAGGAAGGCUCUGUGGAGGGCCGCAUCGUGAGCCUCAGCACCCAGGACAAGCCGAGCAUGGACCUGGAAUUUCAUUCUCUGCAGGAGGCCCUGUCCUUUGUGUCAUUGGUGGACGGGUAUUACAGGCUGGUCGCCAACGCCCAUCACUACCUCUGCAAGGAGGUGGCACCGCCGCGACUCCUGGAAGCCAUCCGCAGCUACUGCCAUGGGCCUGUGUCGGUCGACUUCAGCACUCAUAAGCUGCGUUGUCUGGGGAACCACCAAGGAAUGUUCAUCCUGCGUAGCAGCCCCCGAGACUACAACACAUACUUCCUGUCCUUUGUUGUGAACGACUCGGGGGUGCAGUACAAGCACUGUCAGAUCAUGAAGACGGAGGCGGGCGAGUUCCUCCUCCAAGGGGCCUCCCGGAGCUUCGGCUCGCUGGAGGACCUCCUGCACCAGUACCAGAAGGAGGUGCUGCGCACCGAGGGCUUCACCUUCCAGUUCACCAAGUGCCUCCCCCCCACCAUCAAAGAUAAGUCCAACCUGUUGGUGUGCAGGAGCCCCCAGGGGGUGGAGGUCCCUGGUGACUCCCUGGCCAUCCACCAGCACCACAUCAGCCAGAUGGUGUUCCACAAGAUACGCAAGGAAGACCUCACCCUUGAAAAAAGCCUGGGCCAGGGCACCUUCACCAAGAUCUUCUGCGGCGUGAGGAAGGAACUGCGGGACUACGGGGAGGUCCACGAGACGGAGGUCCUCAUCAAAGUCCUCGACAAGGCUCAUCGCAACUACUCUGAGUCGUUCUUUGAAGCUGCCAGCCUGAUGAGCCAACUAUCACACAAAUACCUGCUCCUCAACUAUGGUGUGUGUGUCUGUCGAGAAGAGAACAUGAUGGUGCAGGAGUACAGCAAGCUGGGCUCCCUGGACACGUACCUGAUGGCGAAAAAGGCGUGUGUGAACAUCCCCUGGAAGCUGGAGGUGGCCAAGCAGCUGGCCUGGGUGCUGCACUUCCUGGAGAACAAGAACCUGAUACACGGGAACGUGUGUGCCAAGAACGUGCUGCUUAUCCGCGAGGGGGACUGCAAGACGGGCAGCCUGCCCUUCAUCAAGCUGAGUGACCCCGGGAUCAGCAUCACCGUGCUGCCCAGAGACGUCUUGAUGGAGCGUAUCCCCUGGGUGCCCCCCGAGUGCAUCGAGAACGCACGCAACCUGAGCCAGGCGGCCGACAAGUGGAGCUUCGGGACCACCCUGUGGGAGAUCUGCAACCAGGGGGAGAAGCCGCUGGGUAACAUGGACAUCUCCAAGAAGAACCUGUUCUACGAGGACAAGCACCAGCUGGCCGUCCCCAAGUGGACCGAGCUGGCCAACCUCAUCAACAGCUGCAUGGACUACGAGCCGUCGCACCGGCCCUCCUUCAGGGCCAUCAUCAGAGACCUCAACAGCCUGUUCACACCAGACUACGAGCUGCUGGUGGAGAGCGACAUGCUGCCCAACCCGACCAGGGGCUUUGGCCUCUCCCUGACCCUGGACCACAGGGAGCCCACCCAGUUCAUGGAGCGCCACCUCAUCUACAUCCAGCAGCUGGGCAAGGGUAACUUUGGCAGUGUGGAGCUGUGCCGGUACGACCCCCUGCUGGACAACACGGGGGAGGUGGUGGCGGUGAAGAAGCUGCAGCACAGCACCGCCGAGCACCUGCGCGACUUUGAGCGGGAGAUCGAGAUCCUCAAGUCUCUGCAGCACGAUAACAUCGUCAAGUACAAGGGCGUGUGCUACAGCGCCGGACGGAGGAACCUGAGGCUGAUCAUGGAGUACCUGCCCUACGGGAGCCUUAGGGACUACCUGGUCAAGUACAGGGAGCGCUUCGACUCCCAGAAGCUGCUGCACUACGCAUCCCAGAUCUGCAAGGGCAUGGACUACCUGGCCACGAAGCGCUACAUCCACCGGGACCUCGCCACCAGGAACAUCCUGGUGGAGAGCGAGAUGCGCGUGAAGAUCGGAGACUUCGGGCUGACCAAGGUCCUGCCCCAGGGGAAGGAGUACUACACCGUCACCGACCCUGGGGAGAGCCCCAUCUUCUGGUACGCCAUAGAGUCCCUGACCCACAGCAAGUUCUCGGUGGCGUCAGACGUGUGGAGCUUCGGCGUGGUGCUCUACGAGCUCUUCACGUACAGCGAGAAGAAGUGCAGCCCCCCCACGGUUUUGAUGGACGAGAUGGGCAAUGACAAGCAGGGCCAGAUGAUAGUGUACCACCUCAUUGACCUGCUCCAGAAACAAGGAUACCGCUUACCAGCGCCUGACAACUGCCCCAGCGAGAUUCAGAAGAUUAUGGCGGACUGUUGGCAUGGCGACCCGGCCCUGAGGCCCACCUUCAGGGAGCUGGCGCACAGCGUGGGCGUGAUCCGGGACAGCCAGGUGGGGUGAGGUUCAACCUCCGCCCCUCCCCUCGGGCCAUCCACCCCUCUCCCUCUCUCGCUCAUCAGACUUCAGGAAGUGAAGAGUUCUGAGCCAAAUCAUGAAAAUCCAAACCUCGUUCUGAUUCCACGUUCCACAAGCCUCAAAGGACCCGUCUGGGGGAUGCAGCUACAUACAGCCGCCCGUCCUGGUCUCGCUCAAACCUCCAUGACCACGGUCACUGGCCCCAAUGACCCUGUCAGACCACCUCUGCCGAACAGCAUUCAGCAGAUACCUCAGUACCUCAACCACAUUUGUCUUGACGUUGAUUACAGAGUGUUACAUUUGAUGAAUUCUCAUACCAAAUCAAGUCUUUCUCUCUAUGUUUUGAAGUGAUGCUUGAGCAGGGCAGUUCUUUUUAUAUUUUGUAGCAUUUAGGUUGUUCACGUCGACUGAAACUUGACAAUGGCAAGUCAAAUGUGAGUUGAAGUGUUUUUUCAGUGUUCCUUUGAUACAAUGGCCCUGUUCCCUAUUAUAUGUAUAUGACUAGUAGCCAGACGGGACUGCCUGGAUACGAAUCGACUACAGCAGUAGACACCCGGCACCAGAAGUCGAACCUAUUACCUAAACAGCCAUGCUACAUACCUUGACGUUAACCUAAUAUGGACCUCCUCUUCCUCUUGUCGCCCUUCUUAUGGACUUGUCUGUUUCUGUGAAGCAUUGGAAGACACAGGUGAGGAGAAAGAGAGAAGAGGAGAUUAAGGCAGAGGACCAAGACUGGGGGGUCAGACCCUGAGCACGGAUAGGGGACCACGGACCAUGUCAAGGGGGUCCUUAAUGCCGCGUUUCCACUGCAGGGUGCGGAACGGAUCGGAUCGCAAAGGUGCGGUAGGGAGGGGGCGGUAUAGCCCAGCUCAGUUCCGAGGUCGCGUUUCCACUGCCGACAGUACCCUUUGUGGUAGGCUGUAUGUUGAUCGCCGCCGCAGCUACGUAAGCAUCGUAAACAACGUCUUCCUCCCCAAGAAUGCUGACGAACGUCUCCACCUCCUUGUUCGCCCAAGCAAGCGUUUUACGCGACAUGUUAAUUGUAAAGAAUAAUACCUCGAGGCUACUGUUUGUUUGUUUUUAUCCCCGCGUCACCCAGAAGUGAUGAUUCUGUCGACCAAUCAACGGAGGGGGUGUGUAGCUAGAAUUUCCCGGGACCCUUUCAGGCGUCUCGUCUCGUUUUCAGUACCCCAACGGAGGAGUCCUGAAAACGAGGCCAAAACGGGUACGGCUAAGUCCCGGUAACGCCCACUUUUGGCGGUGGAAACGCGACCCAAUCCGCACCUUUGCGAUCCGAUCCGUUCCGCACCCUGCAGUGGAAACGCGCCAUAAGGAAAGCUUUGUGUUGAGUCACUGGUGCCCUGGGAAAAGGGAAUUUCAUGAUAUCUGCAAUGAAAGGAUUCAAGUGUUCCAUGUACCAAGCCAGAACAGGCGUUUAUUAUGCAAAUUCAGUAUGAAUGGAUUUUUCUAUUGUGAAUAUUGAUCAGAUCAUAUUUCAGAAUUCGAUUAUAUUUCAUAAAUAUUGUGAUUAUUCUGUGCGACACACAGAACAAGCUAGUUUACCAUUUAAAAAGUGAAGCACGACUCCGAUGAAAAAUUAUGUAAUGUGGUAGAAGUGACCUCGAAUUAAUCUCGACUUAAAAAGGUGUACCAGUAUUCAGCCAGAAAGCAUUUUAUAAAUGUUGACAGUGGGCCGACUAAUCCAAGCAGUGUUUGUUGGUCAUGCAGACUGAUGUCUACCUGGCACGACAAGCAGCACAGUAUUUGGCAACAUCAGUCUCUUGGGAUGUUUGCCUGUUUUUAAAUGCAGCACAGUAUUAAGCAAGACAAGUCUCUUGGGAAGUUGGCCUGCCUUUACGUGUAGCACAGUAUUAAGCAACCUCAGCAGUUUGCAGAAUUAUAACAUCAGUCUGACUGAUGAAUGUGUAUUAUAUACCGUAAUUAAGAUUUGUUUUGUUGCUUAGCUAAUGGUGGGCUCAAAAAGGUCAAAGGUGAAGAGACAGAAGUCUAAACAGCAGUGAGUAGUAAUACAUGUCCUAAUGCAUUGGAAAAUAUUGAAAAUAUUAUAUUGUCUUUGUAAGCCUCAAAGAAUUUUGCAAUGCCGGCAGUAUUUUUAUGUUGUGAAUCGAAAAGCGAUGGUAUCUUUUUCUAAGGUUUUAAUAUCAUUAUUUCAUGGAAAUGUUAUAAAAAGAUUGUGGAAUGUUUAUUAAUUAUUUUAUCAAUCCUUUGUCAUCUCGUGCAAAAUCAACGUAUGAUAUCGAUGUGGAAUUUAUUCCACAAGAGAUUAUGGUAACAGCUUCUAAAAUAAAGAGCUAUAGCUUUAGCUAUAUAGCGAGCAUUACCAAGCAUUGAGUCAUGUCAACAUGCUGAAUGUGAAUGAAUGCUAAGCGGUUGUUUACAAGGCUCACACUGUCAAAGGAUUACAUUUGCCCUCCAGCUUUGUUCCAAUAGCAUAGUAGGAAGCCUAUUGGCCUAAUAGUAUUGGGACUAUUAGGUAUAGGCCAUUGUUGAUGUUCUUUUCAGUGUUGCUGCAUGUGUGCUGUUAUAUUGGUUGAUUUGUGUAGCAAAUGAACAUUGCAAAGGUGCUCCGCUGCCAGGAGAACUACCUGAGUGUGUGUGUUGUUGGCUGGUUUAACCUGUGCACACUGAUUACUCUAUGUGCAACAGGUGUGCAGCCUCACCCAGCCCCAGAGUCCAAUCAGACUCAGCCAGGAGUACCUCCACACACACUCCCACAGUUUGAAUGGUGGCAAUGUUAUGAUUGUAUUAUAAUGUUCUCUUUUGAUGUCGAUGACAUGUUCCUUUUUUUACAUUUUUUGAGACAAACAACGAACAAUUCUCCCUGAAAUUAAAGUUUGGGAUGAUUUUGAUUUUUUUUAUUAUUUCUUAAAUGGCAAACCUUAGCCAUUUUUUGUGUAGGCCUAAUAUUUGAAGAUCAUUAAAAUUAUUAACUAUGUUUUCCCUGACGUGUCUGAUCUGUGGAGACCAGGGGCCCACACGGACCAGAGCUCUGGGGCCCAUGACGUACAGUCCCUGACUGUAGGCUAUGUAGGCAUAUGUCAAUGUGUUCUGGAUUAAUUCACAACUUAAUGUUCAUGCCGGGAGGAUGCAUACGGUAUUGCCAACGUGUUUAUAGCUCUCGUUUACUCACUGCGGGGUGAGAUGAAGAUGUCUGUGUGGUAAAGGUUUUCAAUAACAUUCCCGUCCGAAAAUAACACAAAAAAUUGUGGGGUGGCGCACUGAUGAUCAAAUUUAAUCGGAUUCUUACGAUAUGAAUACACACAAUGUCCAAAUGCUCAUACUUUUCCAGAGUCGUUGAUUUGUUUAGCAAUAUUUUUAUUCAAUAUUUGUACCGUUGCAGGUAAUUCGUUGAACACACCAGUAAAACUAUGGGUGGACUGUAAAUCAUAAACAACUUCAUAUCAGAAAAUAUAUGCCUACGAUUCUCCAAUAAAUCAAUAGUAGCUAUCGGUAACUCAUCAUCAUAUUGCAACAGUAAGGACAAAUUAAAAUAUAAUUCCGUUUAUCUAGACAAUUAGCCUACACGGGCUUCUUUUCCUUUGGUCCCCCAAUGCAUGAGCUUUUGAAUUGUUGUAUAUAACACGGUCAUUGAAACACAGUAAUCGAGGAGAGUUGCACAUUGACUCAAAGGACAAUGUCCUGCU